GGAUGGAGUGCUAGCCUUGUUGGCUACAUUGUCUGGGAUGGGCUGAAAGUUACAGAGACGUACUGAGGUGCAGCAAUGGGUGUAAACCUGAUCCUGUGUGUGUGCUUCGUCCUGUAUCUUGGAGGCCAUGCUUCUUGUGAGACUCUGGGAAAAGACUUUGCUGUGGUCUUCAUGCAGAACUUUCGCCCUGAUCAUGGUAAACCACGCCUGCGACUUACACUCACAGCACUUUUCCAAGAUACUCAAGUCAAUAUCUCUCUUCCAAAUACAAGCUUUUGCAAGCUAGUCUCAGUAAUGCCUGGCUCCUCAGUGACCGUUGCGUUACCAGUGGAUUCUGAGCUUCUUAAUAGUUGCCGAUCUAAUAAGGUUGUCAGUGUCCACUCAACCCAGGAACUAUCAGUGGUGGCCAACAAUGAAAGACCUUAUACAAGCAGCACGUGGAUUGUGUACCCAAUUACAGAGUGGGGAAGAGAAUACUAUGUAUUUACACCUGACAGUGGGCCAAGAGGAACAUUUGGACAAAUAGCUGUGAUUAAUGGUCCCACACCUAAUCUGGUCACUGCCACCUUAACAGACAUAGUGUUCUUUGACAAUACGAGCUUCUCUCCUGGCGAACCGCUACAUCUGACACUGGAACCGUGGGAAUCUGUACAGCUCCAGAGCUCCUAUGACUUGUCUGGCAGCCAUCUUGUGUCACAAGAAACUAUUGGGGUGUUUACAGGUCACAGCUGUGCUCAGAAGAACACCCACUGCACCCAUAUAUGUAUGCAACUUCUGCCAAUCACUUCCUGGGGAUCUAAUUUUGUGGCACCACCAAUACAAUUUCAGAGCGCAUACAGUGUCUAUGUCAUGGCAUCUGCAGAGACUAUUGUGAUUGUUAAAAAUGAUAACAAUACCUUGUAUAGAGAACUGAUUCCUGGAAGUGUGGAAGAGUUCAAAAUUCCCCCUUUCAAGUCUGCAUAUAUAUCUAGUACUGUCGGGCUCAUGGCUUUGUUGUAUAGCAGUGGUGGAGUUUAUAAAGACCUUAUCUAUGAUGGAUUCCUUCUCAACCUCACUCCAGAAGAAGAAUUCUGUUCUAGUUAUGGACUAGUCUCUAUGCCCAGUCUUAAGAACCUUGCAUUUAUAGUCAUUCCCAGGAAUAGUGCUUCUCAAUUACAAUACAAUCAGACGAAGUUAAUAAACUUACAAUGGAGAGAUGUUGAUGCUACAAUAAUGGUGUACGCAAAAAUACCUUAUAUUCAGCGUAGUGGAUAUAGUGUUAUCUCACAUCCUUAUGAACAAUUUGGCCUAUUUUCUGUUGGCUUUGCAAAAAUGAGUGCCUAUGGAGUACCAGGGGUGUGUCUAGAUAGAGUACAAAGUCUGCACUCCAGUGUUCAAUCUAUGGAUGAGUUGCCACUCAACAGAACAGAUGGAAACUCUGUUUUUUCUCCUCUUCACCCAACAUGCAUUGCCUGGGGAAGGCCACAUUUUCGCACCUUUGAUGGGUCUUAUGUGAUCCAGUCUGGUAACUGCACAGCUGUACUCCUCGCUCUUACAGAUCCUGAAACCAGUUCUCAGUCCUUCAGCGUAGAAAGAAAAAUGAAGCCCGACAUUGCACUGAUAAUCAGAACUUCUGUCAUGACUAUUGAGAUACCAGUCAAUGAACCAGGAGAAGUAACAGUAGAUGGAGUCCAGUUUUACCUUCCACUAAGUUUUCAGAAAGGUCCACUAAACUUAACACAACUUGGUCCAUUUACUGAAGCAAGCUUUUCUUUUGGUCUCAGAGUUCUGAUUGGAAAAGGAUUCCUUUAUCUUACAAUUCCCAGCUUUUCUGGACUGAUGACUGGAAUUUGCGUGGGAUAUACUGGCAACUCUACAAAUCAAUCCAGUUUAGGACUGCCUACAGAUGAGCUUUGUGUCUCUGGCAACUGGAGGUAUUAUGAGGAAUGCAACAUACAAAUUAGUAAUAUAACCAAUACAACCACAUCCUGUAGUUUGCUGGAAGAAUUGGACGUAUUUAUAGAAUGUUCUGAAGUUCUGGAUUCCAAACCAUUUGUUAAAAGUUGUAUGUUUGAGGUCUGUGAAAAUGCACUUUUUGACAUAUGCAAGAUCUUGGAGAGUUAUGCUAAAGCUUGCGCAGUAGAAGGUGUAAACAUGAAUGGAUGGAGAAAUCUGGCGAAAUGUGACCUUCAAUGUCCCUUGAAUAGUUACUAUGAAAGCUGUUUACCUCUUUCAACCUGCUUGGGUUCUCAAAGCUCAGAGUGUGACAGAAAACAAUGUUUUGAAGGCUGUGUUUGUCAACAGAACUAUCAACUCCAAAUGGGUACAUGUACCCCCAUAGAACAAUGUCUCUGGGGAGGUAACUAUUACCCUAAUGGAACAGAACUGCUCAGCAGUGAUUGCCAAACAAUGUGCCUGUGCAAUGGUUCCACAGGAGAAGUAGAAUGCCAACAUGUUAAUGGCUGUGAUCCCGGGUAUAGAUGUGGACUUGACAAUGACCUGUGGUCUUGUCUUGCAUUUAUAAAGGAGUCCUGCUCGGUCUAUGAAGGUUCUAACUAUGUAACAUUCGAUGGCCAUUUUGGCAGUAUUAUUGGCUAUUGUGACACCAGAAUGGCAGGUCUUUGUGUGCCGACUAAUGAGUUGGAUAAUUUUGAUGUGCACUUAAUAACCCAUGAAGGAGCAACACCUGGAUCAAAUCAUAUCAAAGCUGUUGAUAUCUAUAUAUCUGGAAGACUGGUGACCCUCAGUCAUGUGUACAAUGGAAGAGUUGAGGUGGAUGGUGUGUUGUAUAACACUCCUGUUUUACUGAAUGGUGGCGAAGUUGAAAUCUUUCAGAGUGGUCUGGGUGGAGUUAUCGUGCUUUCAUUUGAUGGUCUGACCUUCUCAUUUGACAAUGGACAAGUCUUGGCUCUUAUUCCUAUGUCCUAUACUGGUGCGGUAUGUGGUCUUUGUGUCUCUGAGCCCACCAACCCAGAAUUGGAGAUAUGCAGGAGUGACUGCCAUAAAAACUGCAGCACAUGUUCCCUUAUGGGAAGCUACAACUUGGAUAGCUGUGGGAUGCUUGUGGAUGAUAAUGGACCAUUCAGAGACUGUUACAGGAAGCUUGACACUGAAAGCUUUAUCCACAGGUGUAUUGCAGAUCUAUGUAAUGAGGGUGACCUGUGCAAAGUUCUUUCCAGCUACACCACAGCAUGCCAGGAAGCAGGAGCAGUAGUCCAUUCUUGGAGAACUGACACAUUCUGUAGUCAUCAGUGCCCACCCAAUUCUCAUUACACAGUUUGUGGCCCCAGCUGCCCUCCAGCAUGCAACAACUUCCAACCACACUUCUGUCCUCUGCCUUGCCGGGAGAGUUGCUCCUGUGAUUCUGGCUAUGUUCUUGGUGGAGGAAAGUGUGUCCUUCCUGAAGACUGCGGCUGCCUGUAUAAUGGCCACUACUUGCAACCAGGUGAGGCUUUCUACGAUGAUUAUUGCUGGCAGUUGUGUGAGUGUCUCAAUGGUACUGUCACAUGCAAAGAACAAGCCUGCACCCGACGAGAAGAAUGUGUAAUUGACAAAGGAGUGAGGUCAUGUCUUCCUAAAAUGAUGCCAGCCUGCUGGGUCACAAAUAAUCUAUAUUACCACACAUUUGAUGGUGCCAUCUUGGAUGCCAAUGGGAAUAGCAACUAUACCAUGAGCAAGCUAUGCCAACCUAGUGACCUGCCUGCGUUUGAAGUCUAUUUGCAAAGUGAGACUGUUGAAACAAACUUCACAAUGCUGAGCAGAGCAACUCUUCUUGUAUAUGGGCACAACUUGACCGUAUCCAGGAACACUGAAGGAAUACAGGUAGAUAGAGAAACGCAAUAUUUCCCAAUCGUGGUGGAGUUUGGUAAGAUUGUGGCUUCAAAACACGGUCCUGUUAUACAUAUAACCUCAGACUUUGGUCUUUUUAUUUUUGGUCCUUCGUGGGUCUCCCUCCAAAUACCAGUGAGAUACAUGGGUAAUGUUUGUGGCCUAUGUGGUAAUGCAAAUGGAAAUGCCGGUGAUGACUUUGAUGCUGUAAAUGCCACAGAAUUCGUAUCGCAAUAUAUUUCUGAAGAGGUGUGCGCUUAUCCAAGGAACAUGAGUGGUUGUGUAUUCAAUGAAACGAGCCAAUUUGAAGAUAAAAAUUAUUGUGGCCAACUCCUGAUGAAGGAGGGAUAUUUUAGACACUGCCAUGCUGUUAUUCCCCCGGAGCCAUACUUUAAGACAUGCAUCUUGCAUAUGACUCUGGAGAAUGGCCAUGAGGAAGCCCUAAAUCAAAGUCUACAACGUUAUCGGGAUGUUUGUCUAUCGGCUCACACAAUUGUCCACCCUUGGGGAACUGGCUCACAAGUUGAAGAUCAAAUAGAACGUACACAGUACCCAAUGAAAGAGCAAAGCAGCCUUAUUGAGAGAACAUCUGGCUAUAACCCUCAAAAGCGCCAACAUUGUUUCAUCUUUCAGAAUAAUUAUAUUCCUUUUGGUGGUCUAACAUUUAAAGAAUUUGCUGGGUCUUCCAAUGUGUCACUUGUCCAGUUUUGUCCUGAAGAAAGCAAUAUAACCCGUGAAUACUUUGCUGUUCAUUAUAUGUAUAGUGAUACAGAGAGUAGGGGGCAGCUCUGGGUUAGGGUGUAUGGAGUGGACGUAGUCUUGGAUAAUCAAGAACCAUUUAAUGUUUGGGUAAAUGGGAUGUUCAUCGAUCCACCAGCCAUUAUUCUUCCAGGAAAGGUUUGGCUGAAUCGGAAUGGCCUCCUAUUAACUCUGGAGACUGAUAUUGGUCUAUCUAUCCUGUAUGAUGGACAACUUCUCUUAAUAUUACUUCCUGAGAACUUCCGUGGUCCCACCUGUGGGCUCUGUGCACAAACAAACACCAGUGAAUUUUCAACCCCAAUCACACUCGCAAGUGCUAAUUCUUGGAGAUGUAAUGGCUCGGCAUCAAGCAAUCCCAGCCUCUGUCUGUUACUAUUGGAAGAAAGGGGCCCCUAUGGAGCUUGCCAUGAUGUAUUCAGCCCAUACGCAUUUUAUGACCUAUGUCUAGCCCAACAGUGCCAAUAUGAUGAGGAUAAUCUGUCGGUUUGCCAGACUCUCCAUAAUUAUGCCAUGAUAUGCCAGUCACAAGGUGUCUCUGUCCAGCCCUGGAGAAAAGAUGACUUUUGCCCUUUCCUGUGUCCUUUGAGAAGUGUGUACACACCCUGUGUGAGGCCCUGUGGUGACCGGUGUAUUGGAGAUGGCUGCCUUGCUCAUUGCAUGGAGGGGUGCAGCUGUCAGGAAGGCUUGGUGUGGGAUGGCUUGGAUUGUGUGGAUGCAGUUUUUUGCCUUCAAAGUUCUAAAGAAGAGCUGGUUAUUUAUGAGUCUACGGAAAGAAAUCGGCAUCUUGUCUGUCAGCAGAAUGAGACUUCUCAGGCCUGUCUGCAGUGUAUCGUAAAUUCUACUGAAAUCACAUCGUUCGGUAACUUUGCCAGAUCUCUGAAUUACAAUGGCACGUAUGACAUCCUGAAAAUAUGCAAUUAUCUCUCAAAAAUCUGGUUCAGAGUUGUGCUGAAAGUCCACCAUGGUGUCCCAGGACGACUUCACAUUUUCUUCCAGAAUAGCUUUGUCACAAUCACAAACUCUCUACAUGUAUGGGUAAAUGGUAAGCAGGUGUGGCUGCCUUUUGCUGGACCUUCAAACUCCUUUAUUAAGUAUUCAGAGGGACUGGUGUCCUUUAUCUCGCCUGGUAUCAUGGAUAUAACGUUGAACCGUUGGGGAGAUGUUCACAUUACCAUGUCACCUGACUUCCCCCACUUGCUCUGUGGUGUCUGUGCCAGCCUUAAACAUGGGCAUUCGCUGGACAGCUGGAGGGCUGAUGACUUGUCCUAGUAAUGUUUCAGUGGCAUCCUGUUGCCCAUUGGAUGCUGCAUGUUUUAUAGUUCAGUUUCUCCUCUCGACAUGUGC